AAGUUGCACACAUGCUUUCAGAGUGAAGCAUGGGUUUUUGACGAGGCCCGUCACUCAAUCGUACGUCUCCGUCCGCUGCUACAGAGGAGGUGAGAGAUCUUAGAAGAGGAUUGUGGAUUUAUCAUGCUUUGCUCUUUUCUUUUGUUCUCCUGGUUUUUAACUGUCAAAUAUAUAGGAAUUAACCAGAGGCAAUGAGGAGUCAUUUUGAUCCACGAACAAUGUUUACCUAAGAAAGAAAAGAGUGACAGGAGAGCUCAUUUGUGUGAAGGAAUUACGCGAGAGACAUCUGCGGAUGAGUGUGUGCGCGCCGGUAACAUGAGCGUGCCGGCAAACUGUGGAUUCUCUUUCUCAGCUGAUCGGGCGUUGAAGCAAAAGAACUGGAAUUUGUACGGAUCCCCGUGUGCCGUUAACAGACCCAUCGACAUUGUGCAGAAACGCAGGCGUUUUGAUGUGGAGAAUGGGCUGUCGGUGGGCCGCAGUCCUCUGGACUCUCAGGCCAGUCCCGGCUCUGGCCUUGUGCUGCAGGCAAAUUUCCCUCACAGUCAGCGGCGCGAGUCUUUCCUGUACCGCUCCGACUCGGACUUUGACCUCUCACCCAAGGCCAUGUCUCGAAAUUCAUCCACGGCCAGUGAGCUGGAAGAGAGUUUGAAGCACUGGGAAGUCAACUGGCUCAAUCGACAUGGAGAAGACAUGAUAGUUACACCAUUCGCACAGGUCCUUGCCAGCUUGAGGACUGUGCGGAGCAACUUUGCCGUUUUGACCCAUCAGCAAGACCGCGUCCCCAGCAAGAAGUCUACAGGAAACAACCCACCAUCCAUGUGCAAGACAAGCCUACCAGAGGAGCCAUUUCAAAAGUUGGCAGUGGAGACUCUGGACGAGCUGGACUGGUGUCUCGAACAGCUGGAGACUCUGAAGACACGUCACUCAGUCAGCGAGAUGGCAUCUAACAAGUUUAAAAGGAUGCUGAAUCGAGAAUUAACCCAGCUCUCAGAGACUAGCAAGUCAGGAAACCAGGUCUCAGAGUACAUCUCAAGCACAUUCUUGGAGAAGCAACAUGACAUGGAUAUUAUGUCCACCCCAAGCAAGGAAAAGGAGAAGAAGAAGCGGCCCAUGUCUCAGAUCAGUGGCGUGAAGAAACCCACACAUAGCUCCAGCAUUGCUCCCUCCAGCAUCCCUCGAUUUGGCGUCAGCACCAACCGAGAGGAUCUGCUUGCCAAAGAGUUAGAGGACUUUGACAGAUGGGGUGUGGAUAUGUUCAAGAUAUCUGAGUGUUCUGGCAACAGACCGCUAACGGUGGCAAUGUACACAACCUUUCAGGAAAGAGACCUGUUGAAAUCCUUCAAAAUUCCUGUAGACACAUUCAUUAACUACAUGACGGCUCUGGAGGAAAACUACCGCUCAGAUGUAGCUUACCAUAACAGCAUCCAUGCAGCUGAUGUGGUCCAGUCCACCCAUGUCCUGCUGUCCACUCCUGCCCUUGAGGCUGUAUUCACUGAUCUUGAGAUCUUGGCCGCAGUGUUUGCUAGUGCCAUUCAUGACGUGGACCAUCCUGGAGUGUCCAACCAGUUCCUCAUCAACACAAACUCAGAGCUGGCACUGAUGUACAACGAUUCCUCUGUUCUGGAGAACCACCACCUGGCUGUUGGCUUCAAGCUGCUGCAGGAAGAAAACUGUGACAUUUUCCAGAACCUGACCAAGAAGCAGAGGCAGUCACUACGCAAGAUGGUCAUUGACAUGGUCUUGGCCACUGAUAUGUCAAAGCAUAUGAACCUGUUAGCAGAUCUCAAGACUAUGGUGGAGACGAAGAAAGUGACCAGCCUGGGUGUACUACUGCUAGACAACUAUUCGGAUCGCAUACAGGUUCUUCAGAACAUGGUGCACUGCGCUGACCUGAGCAACCCAACGAAGCCGCUGGAGCUUUACCGUCAGUGGACAGAUCGCAUCAUGGUGGAGUUUUUCACUCAGGGCGACCGAGAGAGAGAUAAGGGGAUGGAGAUCAGCCCCAUGUGUGACAAACACAAUGCCUCUAUUGAGAAAUCACAGGUGGGCUUCAUCGACUACAUCGUGCACCCGCUGUGGGAGACCUGGGCGGACCUGGUUCACCCUGAUGCCCAGGAGAUCCUGGACACGCUGGAGGACAAUCGAGAGUGGUACCAAAGCAUGAUCCCUCACAGUCCCACCUCCACCCCAGAGGACAAGAGCGCCGUGAUGGGCAUGGGGGCGAUGGGAGGAGGCAUCGCUUCUGCGGGGGACAAAUUCCAGUUUGAACUGACUUUGGAAGAGGAAGGUGAGUCUGACGUGGAGAGUCCCGUGGAUGAGGACUUGACUUCAAGCACACGGGACUCCUCCAGGACAGAUCCUCAGGGCAAACAAACAUCUCCAGCUGCCCGCAUGCUGUCCGCUCGCUCCCCCGGCUGCAGGACGAUGUCUUUUAAGAUGGGCGAGCCACCAGACAGCGAAGAUGAAGACAAAGAAGGGAAAAGUGUGUCGUGCCUGCGUUUGGGAACAUAACACUAGUGCACUUUUUUUAGUAUUGUUUCUUAUUUGCUUCUUUCGUACCUCUUCCUCACCACCUCCCAGUCCCGUUCCAUCCCAUUUUCAGCUUCCUCGGGUGGAGGUGACGCAGUGCAGGAGAGGUAAAAAGGCUUCAGCGAGACGUUUUUAUACAGUAGUCACCUUGCACUGGAGUGCUGAAGCCGUUUUUAUGACUUCGGGAUUUGUAUAACGAUAAAAUGUACUCGAGUGUCUUCCUGUGAUGUACCAGGGUUUCAGUUAAUGAACAAGUGGACCUUCGAGAGCCGACUCUGAACAUAUUGAUUGAUAAACAAGACACUUUUUACGUGAGACGUAAGUGCACUAAAAUGUUUUAGUUUUUUUUAAAGACACUGUUGACUUAAAGCUGGUCUAUUAUUAGCUGAACAAAAAACAGCCUGACUUUAACACAACAGAACAUCUCAGGAUUCAAACAGACGAUUGCUUUCAUGUAGCAAACAGCUCGAGGGUACCCACAUAGAGACCGCUGUCUUCCUUGGAUCGCUCUAAAAAUCUGUAGACUGAAGUCGAGCCAUGAUUGUGAUCUUAUUUUGUACUUGUAUGUGGCGCCACCUAGUGCUUAAUAGUGGAACCGCAGCCACAUUUAUAGGAUUUGUACCACCGUGUGGCUUUGUUUUGUUGUUCCUUUGCACACGUUUGGCUAUUAUAAUUUGAACUUGAUUCCCUCCUCACCUUAAUUUCUAGGAAUGCUGCUGGCGUCCACAUGGUUUACAUAUGCUUCUUGUUUAUUCGUUUAUUUUUUCAGAGCUUGAGCAUUUGUAUGUCACAGCUUGCUUCUGAUUGACCAGGUAGCACUUUAGAGGACGAUGUUUUUGUUAUUGCCAAACAAACACGCUGCUCCAUCAGUAAGGGCUGGAGUCAUUAUUAACAUGCGAAAGACUAGUUUUGGCAGCGUGCGAAUGUGCCCUGUAAAUUGGUCUCUGGAAGGCUGGGCUGGAUUGAAAACCCACACUGUAAAUAAAUAUCAGUUCAUUAACAGUUCUGUAUUUUGGGAUCCAUGGGUGGUUUUUAUUUAUUUACACUUCAGAGUGCAUUAUGGGACAAUAAUGUCUACUGAAACAGGGACUAUUUAAGUUUGAAACAAUAUAUUGCAUAAAAAAUAAAAAUGAAAUACUCAGCAAACAAUUUUGUGUUUAAUAGACGUCUAAUAGACAUCUAAACAUAGACAGCUUGGCUUAAACAGGGCUAAACUUGGGCUGUCAAACGGCCCUGGAAAUAAGUACCCAGCAAGCAUUUUGUUUUUAAAUGAUGUCUAUCAGAUGUCUAAUAGACGCCUAAACAUAGUCGUCUUGGCUAAAACAAGGAUACAUUUGGGCUGUCAGUGAAAAUCGAAUAGACAUCUAAGAAAAUCUCAAAACUAGACUAGUCGUCAAAUCGACAGAGUAGACAAACUUUGUGUAGUCAUUCAUUUCUGUUUAUUUGACGAAUAGUCUAGUUUUGGCUUAUUCUUAGACGUCUAUUAGAUUUUCACUGACAGCCCAAAUUUAACGUUGUUUUAGGCAAGCCGACUAUGUUUAAGCGUCUAUCAGAUAUCUAUUAGACAUAUUUUAAAAACUAAAAAUGCUUGCUGGGUACUUGCUUCCAGGGCCGUUUAUAUCGAAGUUUUUAUUUAGCCGCACCAUGUUGGUGUUUUAUAGCAUCUAAUUUUUAUAAGGUGGGUCGUUAGCCCAACGCUCAACCCCCAAUCUGGAGGACCAAGACAUACACAAAUUCACUACGGACAAUUUAGCUUACCCAAAUCACCUAUAGUGCAUGUUGUGGGGGAAACUGGAGCACCUGCAAGAAACCCAAAUGAACAAAGGGAGAACAUGCAAACUCCAAACAGAAUGCCAAUUGGCCCAGCCAGGGUUUGAACCAGCGACCUUCUUGCUGUGAGGCGACAGUGCUACACACUGCACCACCAUGCCGCCCAAAAAUGAAAUACUAAAUAAUUAAAAAUUACUAAAAAUGUCAAUAAAAGUUAAUUUGCUAAACUUUCCAAUAUCAGUACUUGAUAUCAAGGUCAUAUAAUGCAAUUCAAAAGUGUCAGAAAACACCCAUGAAGCACAAAAUACAACUGUUAAGUGGCAAACUGGCAAGACACUGGAGGUGAAGAGGGUCAAAACGUAACUAAUAGCAUCAUACUUCCCUAUUGCUAUUUUUCGAGUUUCAAAAUCUUAUGUUUAAAUAUGCAAAAAGGCAUUAUUUUAUUAAAUGUGUGCUCAUUUGCAUAAACUUUUUGCCCAAAAAUCUGUUUUGAUGAAUUAGUUUGACACUGACAUACUCGAGCCUAUAAGCAUAUAAGAUGUUUUUUACAGUGAGGAUUUUUUUUAAGGAAUUCUUUUUUAUCACACAAUAACAGCCAGUAAAUGUUCAAAUAAACACUACAAUUCUGUGUGAACAUAUCACUCUGUAUAAACUCAGAGUAUAGAUAUGAAUAAAACUGUAAGGUGUGUAAGUGCUGCUAAAGUGGAGAUUUAUUUAAACAAUAUAUCAUAUUUUGAGCAAACGUCCUUUAAAAUUUCAGUUGAAAUCUGCAAACACAAUUUUAUCAAGUGCAACAAUUACAAUUAAACAUGUUAUUUGGAUUAUUUUUUUACUUUAGACUGACAAAACUCCUCAAAAAAUCUGAAAAUUGACAGUGUUUUUGCCUCCAGUGUCUCUCCUUAAUGGAUUGUUGUUGUUGUUGUUGUUGUUGUUUUACAGUGCACAUUAGCUUUCCAGAAAGUAAUCUUUGUCCUUAAACCACAUGUGUACUUUCUCUGUUUCUGUGCUGGUCACACUGAAAAUAAGAGGUAUAUUAACAUCUUUACAAAUGUAUGAUGUCUGAAGGAAAGUGAACAGGGUUUGUUCUGAAGGGUAGCCAUAUGCUACGCUAGCUGUCGAAAACACACAAAGCCAAAGUCCAUUGUCGUGCCAGAGCUUUUGUGUUUUUUGGUUUUUGGCGAUCGAUCCGUGCUCUGCUCUUCACAGGGACAUUGCCAAUGACAGUACAAGUGCCAAGCAAAGCAUGAUCCAUGCUGUACUGUAAUUUCCAUUUUGCCACUGGCUAAUUUCCAUCAAUAUGACAUCUACUACUGUCGCUAACAUACUGAGUUGAUCAUUUCUGUCUUUCUUUAUUCAACGUUUUAUUUAAGAUCGUUCAAGUCUGUCUGACGCAUCGCAGGUCAGAUUAUUUGUGUCCUUUUUUAUACCAUGGUAUGAACUUUAAUAUUGGAUACAGUGAGUCUUUGUAUGUAAUUGGAUCACAGUCAACGGGGCUUUUAAUGUUCAUCUUCAUGUCGGUCUGUGCUCUUUUACAGCAGCGUUUCGUGUGGUGAAAGAUAUGUUAAGUGGCCAUGCAGAGUUUUGGCCACGGCACACACCUCUGUUUGGUCUCUUUCUGUCGCAGAUCUGACAAUCCGAGCAGUACUGUUUACCACUACAACUGUUACUAAUGUUGCUGUGAUUGUUUUCCUUUUCCCAAUGCCAAUAAACAAAGAAAUAUUAGUAA